UACUUAGUAGCUCGCCGGCGUCGAUAAGCGGCCCGAUAUCGCGGCGCUUCUCCGGGCUUUUCUGCGCGGCGAGUCAUUCAUCCAUUCAGUCAUUCUUUUCUUUUUCUCUCGGCGGACAAUUCUUAUCCCACUGAGAUAGCAGACUUCUGCUAUUUUGUUGAUCCAGGGUUCUCUGACAGGCCAAUUGCUGGAGUGUCUCUUUUCCAAAUUCCUCCCUGGAUUUUUACAAUGGCCUCGCGUGUGUCAUCCAUGCGGUUCGCCGCUGCGGCACUGUCCGCGAAGAGAGCUCCUGGUCUUGUGGCACCGCUGCGCCGUUCUUUUGCUUCGACGGCCUCGAAGGCUGCUCAGUCUGGACCCAAGAACCCAGACCCUACGGCCGAUUCGCCAACCGUGGCUUUCAUCAAUGAAAAGGCGCCUUUUAUGGUGACGACUUACGUCCGUCCACACCCUGUGAUGGUCAAGGGACAGGGUUCGUAUCUGUGGGAUAUGGAAAACCGGCGAUAUCUGGACCUGACCUCGGGAAUUGCUGUCAACUCCCUGGGUCAUUGUGACCAGGAGAUUGCAAAGAUCAUUGCGGAGCAGGCCGAAACCCUCAUCCAUGCCUCCAACCUAUAUCACAACCCGUGGACCGGAGCCCUCAGCAAGCUGCUUAUUGAGAAGACCAUCGAGUCCGGUGCCAUGCGGGAUGCCUCCCAGGUCUUCGUCUGCAACUCCGGUACAGAGGCCAACGAAGCUGCCAUCAAGUUCGCACGCAAGGUCGGACAUACCCUGGACCCUUCAGGCGCGAAGCAUGAAUUCGUUUCUUUCCAUAACUCCUUCCAUGGACGUACGAUGGGCGCGCUCUCUGCCACCCCGAACCCCAAGUACCAGGCUCCCUUUUCACCAAUGGUUCCCGGAUUCAAGUACGGCAACUUCAACGACGUCGAACAGCUCCAGACCCUUAUCACGGACAAGACAUGCGGUGUUAUUGUCGAGCCCAUCCAGGGAGAGGGCGGUGUUCACAGCGCUACUCCAGAGUUCCUCGUUGCUCUCCGCGAACGCUGCGAUGCCGUCGGCGCGGUUCUGAUCUUCGACGAGAUCCAGUGUGGUCUCUCUCGCACAGGCAGCUUCUGGGCUCACGGCCACCCUUCCCUCGCCCCCUCCACCGGCAAGGCCGCUCACCCUGACAUCCUCACCACCGCAAAGGCCCUGGGCAACGGCUUCCCCAUCGGCGCUACCAUCGUCUCCGAGAAGGCUGUCGGCCAGUACAUCAAGACCGGCGACCAUGGCACCACCUUCGGCGGCAACCCUCUCGCCAGCCGCGUCGCCCACCACAUCGUCGAGCGCCUCGCAUCCCCUGACCUCCAAAAAUCCGUCGAAGCCAAAUCCGCCCUCUUCACAUCCGGCUUCAAGUCCCUUCAGGAGAAAUACCCCGAGAUCAUCUCCGACGUCCGCGGCCGCGGUCUCAUCCUCGGUGUCCAGCUCUCCGAAGCCUAUAUCCCCAAGGCUUCUGACCUGAUCACCGCUGCGCGCGAGAGAGGCAUGCUCAUCAUCACGGCUGGAAAUGGUUGUCUUCGCUUCGUCCCCGCCUUGACCAUUACGGAAGAACAGAUCAAGACCGCUCUCAACAUCCUGGAGCAGUCGAUCGAAAUUAUUGCCAAGAAAUAAACAAAAAAUGUCUCGAAUUUAGAAUUUAUAUCGUCCAUCCAUAUCAUACUAUCCUGUUUUAUUUUUUAUUCAUUUUUUUGGUGUCUGAGUGGGACAAAAAAAAGAGUAGAAUUAUACCUUUUUUCCUUUUUCUCAUUUGAGUUGGAUCAUCAUGUGAUGUGAUACGAUGCGUGGCGUUGCAAUAACGAUGUUAUGUUAUGUCGAGCUUGUAUUCACUCGCGACUUUUCUACAAUCUUGGAUUAUCAUAGACAAUAUGAUCAAAGAAUCUGGAUAUGGAGAGAAAGCGAGUCGUAUUACUCUUCUCAUCCCCUUUUUUUCGGAUGAAUGUCGACAAUAUUUCGUAUUUGGGACUUUUGUAAAUGUUCAAUAAACAUUCUGGGUGAG